AAAAAACAAACAAUCUGCUGCUUUUUCAAGAAGAACAUCUCAUGGCGUUUUCAUCAACCAAUUCAAAUUGGGUUUUACAUAUUCUUGUUCGGAUUUGUGCCAUGUUGUCGCUAGCCUGCACCUUCUCUGUGUUGGCAACUGCGUCAAGAGCACUAGGAUUACCGCUGAUGGUGGAAUCACAGAUUGCGUUGAACUUUGAUAUUGAGACAAGUAUUAGGAGAACAAACUUUCCUAGUGAUUUCUUGUUUGGAGCUUCUACUGCUGCUCUGCAGAUCGAAGGAUCAACCAAGAGUGAAGGGAGAGCGCGGAGCAUUUGGGACACCUACCUGGAAAACCACAGAGAUAAAGUGAUUGAUGGAAGUAACAUGGAUACUGCAAUUGAUUCUUACAAGCGCUACAAGGAAGAUAUGGAGCAUCUCAAGAACCUUGGAGUAGAUGCUUAUAGAUUUUCCAUCUCCUGGACCAGGAUUCUUCCCGAUGGAACUUUGAGUGGUGGGGUGAACCAAGAGGCAAUUGAUCACUACAACAAGAUGAUUGAUAUGUUAAUAGAAUAUGGUAUCAAACCUUUUGCGACUCUGUUUCACUUUGACUCUCCUCAAGCCUUGGAUGAGAAGUAUGGUGGCUUCUUGAGCAGUUCAAUUGUGGGUGAUUUCCAGGACUAUAGUGAAGUUUGUUUCAGAACUUUUGGAGACAGGGUAAAAAAUUGGAUUACAAUCAACGAACCACUAAUGAUUGCACAGCUUGGCUACGACCUAGGGAUUGCUCCCCCAGGCAGGUGUUCAGGACGAGCCAAUUGUGAAGCUGGGAAUUCAUCCACUGAGCCUUACAUUGUAUCCCAUAAUCUUCUACUCGCCCAUGCAGCUGCCGCCAGGCUUUAUAAAAACAAGUACCAAGCAAAACAAGGGGGAGAAAUUGGAAUUUCCCUUGUAGGGCAAUAUUAUGAGCCCUAUUCUGAAUCAUUGGAUGAUAAAGCUGCACAAGAAAGAGCUUUGGACUUUCAGUUGGGAUGGUAUAUGGAACCAUUAGUGUAUGGAGAUUAUCCUAAUAUCAUGAGAGAAUUGGUGAAGGACAGGCUUCCAAUCUUCACCGAGCAUGAGAAGAAGCUAGUGAAGGACUCUUUUGAUUUUAUUGGCAUAAACUACUAUACGUCAAUUUAUGCCAAAGCCAUCCCAAUAGAUCCAAAUGCUACGCAUACCAGUUACACUGACGACCAAUUUAUAUAUGCCACAGCAGAGAGCAAAGAUGGAGAACUUAUUGGCCCAAAGUUUGAAGGGAUGAACAUUUAUGUGUACCCAGAAGGACUUCAGAAAGUAUUGGAGUUGAUCAAGGAAAAGUACCAAAGCCCUAAAAUCUACAUCACCGAGAAUGGGAUUACUGAAGCACGGAACGACAACCGUGGACUAGUUGAAGCAUUGGAUGACCUGCAUCGAAUUGAAUAUAUUCAACGGCAUUUAUAUCGAGUUCACAAAGCAAUCAAGAAUGGGGUGAAUGUGAGAGGAUAUUUCUACUGGAGUCUGUUUGAUUCAUUUGAAUGGUUAGGGGGCUACACGAUAAGAUUUGGGCUCUACUAUAUAGAUUAUAAGGACAAUCUUAAGCGUAUCCCCAAAGUUUCUUCAAUGUGGUAUCAUCAUUUCUUGCAAGGUGGUAGAAAGCAGGCAUAUUAACUCCACUCUACUUUUCAUUACUGUGAUAUCUGGACAUGGACUAGGAUACAACAGUAUAGAGACACAAGACAAAAGAUACAAGUCACAGAGUCCUUGAAAGAUGGGAAAAUAGAUGUAUACGGCCCAUGUAAAAUAGAUGAUUUGUUGUAUUGAAUGUUGUAUAGUCUUUUCCAUUUGAAGAAACGUGGAUUAUGCUUUAUGGUUUAUGAAAAUUACAAGAAAAGUCAUUUGCUUGGAUUAAAUGACUAUUGUCUUGGAUUUGGUCUCUUUCCCUCUGCACUUGUCGAGGUAUUCAUCUCCUUGCUUCUAUAGCUCCCAUGUUUCGGCCUG